GCCGGCAGAGAAUGCGGAGCGACCAUGCGGCUGGCCGUGCUGUGUGUCCUGUGUCUGCUGCCCCAAAGCCCAGCCCUGCCGCUCCCCCGGGAGGCGGGCGGCCACAGUGAGUCACAGUGGAAGCAGGCUCAGGAGUAUCUCAAGAGAUUUUACCCAUCUGACGCCAAAUCGAGGGAUGCCGACAGCUUCGGAGCCCGGCUCAAGGAAAUGCAGAAGUUCUUCCGCCUGCCCGUGACUGGAGUGCUGGACUCCCGCGUGAUCGUGGUAAUGCAGCAGCCCAGAUGCGGACUUCCGGACACCGGAGAAAAAGACUUGCCAUCCAGAAACAGGCCAAAGUGGACUUCCAAAGUGGUCACCUACAGGAUCAUAUCAUACACUCGAGACUUACCACGUGUCACCGUGGAUCAUUUAGUGGCAAAGGCCUUGAACAUGUGGAGCAAAGAGAUCCCACUAUCCUUCAGGAGAGUUGUGCUGGGAAUUCCCGAUAUCGUGAUUGGCUUUGCAAGAGGAGCUCACGGGGACUUCUACCCAUUUGACGGACCAGGAGGCACACUGGCCCAUGCCUACGAACCUGGGCCGGGCCUGGGAGGAGACGCCCACUUCGAUGAGGACGAGCGCUGGGCCGACGGCAGGGGUCUAGGAAUUAACUUCCUGGCUGUUGCAACCCAUGAACUUGGCCAUUCUCUGGGCCUGAGACAUUCGUCCGAUCCCGACUCUGUCAUGUACCCCACCUAUGGAGCCAGGGACUCUGAGAAUUUCAAGCUCUCGCCGGGCGAUAUCAGAGAAAUCCAGGAAUUGUAUGGAAAGAGAAGUAAAUCAAGAAAGAAGUAGGAACUUCGGGGAGAGCACACGUUCAUUCAUGGGAUUCCUUGUGGCUCUUCUCCAACCAGAACUAAUGCACACAGUCCUUGAAUGUCUCUGAGCACUGACUUGGCUCUUGCCUGUAUUGUGGUUGGUUUUCACGUGUCUCUCUCUCUCCCUCUCUCUCCUUCUGGGGAUAAGCCCCCUCGUGGCCUGAGUGUCUCAUUCAUUGAUGACUUUCCUCGAGCAACUUGCACUUGGUAGAUAUUAAUAGAUGUUAAAUACACAGAUAAAUAAAGUUUGUAUUCCAUGGUAAA